AUGUUGGAAAAGGAGUUCGAAGUCAAGGAUCUUGGUGCACUUAGGUAUUUUUUGGGAAUGGAAUUUGCUAGAAGCAAAAUGAGGAUUUUUGUGUCCCAAAGAAAAUACACUUUUGAUCUCUUAAAGGAGACAGGAAUGCUCGGUAGCAAGCCCAAUAAAACUCCAAUCAAGAUGUUUGGAGGAAGUCCAAUUGACAAAGGGAGGUACCAACAGCUAGUGGGGAAGCUUAUCUACCUCUCACAUACUAGACCCGAUAUUGCCUUUGCGGUAAGUUUGGUCAGUCAAUAUAUGCAUAAUCCAUGUCAACGACAUCUCAAUGUUGUAUAUAGAAUUCUAACGUAUCUCAAGCAAACACUAGGAAAUGUUCUUUUCUUCAGAAAGACAACCGAGAGGAAGGUCAAAGUGUUCACAGAUGCAGACCGGGUUGGGUCAGUUGAUGAUCGAAAGUCUACAUCUGGGUAUUGUACUCUUGUGUGGGGUAAUGUGAUAACAUGGCGAAGUAAAAACCAAUAA